AUGCCCCUAUCCCAGUACUUUGUCAACAUCUCCUUCUUCCAGCCACCUGCUUUCCUCAUGAUUGGCAUCCCAGGCAUGAAGGCUGCUCAUGGAUGGAUCUCCAUCCCCUUCUCAUCCAUGUACAUGAUGGCCCUCACUGGAAACUGCCUGAUCCUCCUGGCUAUAAGGAAGACUCCAAAUCUACACCAGCCCAUGUACUACUUCCUCUCCAUGCUGGCCCUCACUGAUGUGGGCCUCACCUUGUCCACACUGCCCACCACCCUGGCUGUGCUCUGGUUUGAUCAUCGACUCAUUGGCUUCAAUGCGUGCCUGAUCCAGAUGUUCUUCUUGCACUUCUUCUCUGUGGUGGAGUCCUCAGUGCUCCUGGCCAUGUCAUUUGACCGCUUUGUGGCCAUCUCUAGCCCCUUGCACUAUGUGUCUGUCCUCACAAAUAAUGUCAUCAUCAAGAUGGGGCUGGCCAUAGUGGCAAGAGCCACUGUGUCCCUCUUCCCUUUGCCAUUUUUGCUGAAGCGACUGAACUAUUGCCCUGGCAAGAUCCUCUUGUCACAUUCAUUCUGCUUCCAUGCAGAUGUCAUGAAACGGGCCUGUGCUGACAUUACUGUCAACAUCCUUUAUGGGCUAUACGUGGUCUUGUCCACAGUGGGUGUAGACUCCUUGCUUAUUGUGCUGUCCUAUAUCCUUAUUCUUCAUACAGUGAUGGGUCUAGCCUCUCCCAAGGAACGCUUACGGGCCCUCAACACCUGUGUAUCUCAUUUCUUAGCUGUUCUGGUAUUCUACAUCCCAGUCAUAGGUGUGUCCAUGAUCCACCGAUUUGGGAGGCACCUUCCACACAUUGUGCAUGCUCUUGUUGCCUAUGUGUACCUGGUGGUGCCUCCUGUGCUCAAUCCCAUCAUCUACAGCGUGAAAUCCAAGCCCAUCAGGAGGGCCAUGCUCAGAGUGCUGAGAAGGAAAGGCCAAGGUUGA